AAUAAAAAGGAAAAACACUCUCCCAAAGAAGGGCUUGUUUUUCUUCUCCACCGUUCUCACAUACUUUGCUCUUCUUCUCAUCUCUUCUUUGCUCUCCCGCAGAAGAGAGAGAAAAGCUCACUUUCAUUUCCUGUCUCUUAAGAAACCAAAUCUUUUUUUUUUUCCUGUAUCUUUAUAUUCAAAAACCCAAUUUUGUUUUCUUUUCAUACUCAGAUAUAGCGUUUUACAUAUCGCUGAGUUCAUUGUUCUUUUGUUUUUGAUCGGACGGCGGAGAUUGAAUCUCACGUGAAAAGAUCGAGGUAUGCAGCAGGGUGAUCAGACGGUGUUGAGUUUAAGACCUGGUGGUGGUCGGGGGACUAGACUCCUUGUUGGACCUUCUUUUUCAUCAUCCUCUUCUUCGUUAGCGUUUGGUUCUCUUUCUUCUGAUCUUCCUCUCUUUCGUCCCCAUGGCGGUGCUCCUCUUGCCUUUUCUGUUAAGGCUGGAGAUUCACGAUUUGAGGGUCAUGAACGAGUGCAGUACACUAGAGACCAGCUUCUAAAGCUUAGGGAGGCUGUAGAAGUUGCUGAUGAGAUUCUUAAAAUCAAACAAGAAAUUGAAGGGGAACUCUUCGGUGAAGAUCAAAACUGGGGUCGUGGAGAAAGCAAUCCACCAAAUCAGACUCAGAACCGUUACUCCGAGCCUGACAAUCGUGAUUGGCGUAACCGUUCAGCACAGCUUCCUCCUGCUGGAGAGGAGAGGUCCUGGGAAUCUCUUCGGGAUAGGGAGUUGGGAAACCGAUAUGACUCCAGAGAGCUAGAAGCUAAUCAAUUUAAUCGCCAAGAUCAACUCAACUCUCAGUUCUUGAGGGCUCAAAUCUCUUCUAACCAAGGGGGAGGACCAACUCCAGCUUUGGUCAAGGCUGAGGUGCCAUGGUCAGCUAGAAGGGGGAAUCUUUCUGAGAAGGAGCGUGUUCUAAAGACUGUUAAAGGGAUACUGAACAAGCUGACUCCUGAGAAGUAUGAUCUUCUAAAGGGCCAACUUAUUGAUUCUGGUAUCACAUCAGCUGAUAUCUUGAAGGGGGUUAUUUCUCUAAUAUUUGAUAAGGCUGUUCUGGAACCCACAUUUUGUCCUAUGUAUGCUCUUUUAUGUUCUGAUCUCAAUGAUAAGCUUCCCUCAUUCCCAUCCGACGAACCUGGUGGAAAACAAAUCACAUUUAAGCGAGUCCUCUUGAAUAACUGCCAGGAGGCAUUUGAGGGAGCUGACAAGCUCAGAGAAGAAGUGGGUCGGAUGACUGCCCCUGAGCAAGAGAUGGAGUGUAGGGAUAAAGAAAGGAUGGUCAAGCUCCGUACUCUUGGUAAUAUUCGAUUAAUUGGUGAGCUUCUGAAGCAGAAAAUGGUACCUGAGAAGAUAGUCCAUCACAUCGUGCAGGAACUUUUGGGCCAUGACAAUAGAGCUUGCCCUGCAGAGGAGAAUGUUGAAGCCAUUUGUCAGUUCUUCAACACUAUUGGUAAGCAGCUUGAUGAGAGCCCAAAAUCACGGCGCAUAAAUGAUAUGUACUUCAGCAGACUGAAGGAACUGACUACAAAUCCUCAGCUUGCUCCAAGAAUGAGAUUUAUGGUUCGUGAUGUUCUUGAUCUUCGUGCAAACAACUGGGUUCCCAGGCGUGAAGAGGUGAAAGCCAAAACAAUUACUGAAAUCCAUUCUGAGGCUGAAAAGAAUCUCGGGCUGCGUCCAGGUGCCACUGCAAGUAUUAGAAAUAGUCGUGGUGUUUCUGCUGGUCCAAUGAGUCCUGGUCCUGGGGGUUUUCCUAUCACACGUCCUGGUACUGGGGGUUUGAUGCCUGGAAUGCCAGGAACUCGGAGAAUGCCUGGUAUGCCUGGAAUGGACACUGAUAAUUGGGAAGUUCCCAGGAACCGGUCAAUGCCAAGGGGUGAUGGACCGGGUAUACAGCCUGGAGGGCAUGUCCCAUCAUCAUUAAUCAAUAAAUCAACUUCAAUGAAUCCAAGGCUGUUACCUCAAGGUAGUGGUGGCCUAAUGAGUGGUAGGACAAGUGCCCUGUUGCAGGGAAGCUCAACCCCUCCUGCUCGGCCAUACAACUCUAUUUUGAGUGCUGAGCCUGUGGCACAACCUUCACUUUCUGCCAAACCUGUGCCUGUGGCUGCUGUGUCUCCGGUUGUCGACAAACCACUAGCUCCAGCCGCAAGACUAAAUCCAGAUGAUCUUCAGAGAAAAACACGGGCGCUGUUGGAGGAAUAUUUCAGUGUUAGGCUGCUGGAUGAAGCAUUGCUGUGUGUGGAGGAACUAAAAUCUCCAUCAUACCACCCUGAGGUAGUGAAAGAAGCAAUCUGCAUUGCCUUGGAGAAAAGCCCACCUUGUGUUGAGCCAGUUUCAAAGCUUCUCGAAUACUUGUUUAUUAAGAAAGUUUUUACAGCUAGAGACAUAGGGACCGGAUGCCUGCUCUAUGGUGCCUUGUUGGAUGAUGUUGGCAUUGACUUACCAAAAGCACCAAAUAAUUUUGGAGAAAUAAUCGGGAAACUUGUUUUGGCUGGUGGAUUAGAUUUUAAGCUGGUGAAGGAAAUCCUUAAGAAGAUGGAAGAUGACCUAUACAAGAAAACUGUGUUUGAUGCAGCAAUCAGGAUCAUUAGCUCCAAUCCUUCAGGGCAAGGUCUGCUGGCUGCGCAGUCGUCUGACAUCGAGGCCUGUCAGAAUCUAUUCUAAUUUUUGCAUGCUACUUUUAAUGUCUUUAUCCACAAGGACUUCUGCUUAUCUCCACUUCAAUAUAAUGUCCCCUACCUACCUAUUUCCCUCUUCAUAGUUGAGGCUGGCAAGCAACUUGUGUAUUAUUUGAUAAAGUGGAGUUGCCAAGGACAGGUAAAAUUUUAUUGAGUUGUAUAUUUCUUCAAGGUCAGAGCGGUGUGUUUUUUGGGAAAAAGAAAUCAAACCAUAAUGCCAUGGAUUUUGCCCUGCGGCCUAUCCCAAAUUUCUCGGGAAGAAUGGUCACUCUUUAGGGAUCCAGUUGUUUUGUAUUUGAUUAGUUUUUUUAUAUUUAUUAUUUUUUGGUUGACUGAGUAAUUAGUUUCGUUGUUGAACUUAGUCCUAUAAAUCUGAAGUUUUUCUUUUUUUUUUUACCAUAAUCUCAAGCUUAAUGCGUCAGUUU